AUGAAGGGGGCACGCUGGAGGAGGGUCCCCUGGGUGUCCCUGAGCUGCCUGUGUCUCUGCCUCCUUCCACAGGUGGUCCCAGGAGCCACAGAAGAAACAACAACUGGAAGUAAAAAUCCUACUGCAGUCACCUCAGCAGGCUCAGUAGCAAUGACACUAGAGGGACCAUCAACUGCAACUUCUUCAAGGACCUCUAAUCAGGACAUAUCGGUUUCAUCUCAGAACCACCAGACUAAGAGCCUGGAGACCACCAGAGAACCUGAAACCGGCACCCUCACACAGAUGGCCACAUUAACUUUUUCAUCCUCCCCAAGUGUACACAAUGUGACAGAGACUGUUUCUCAGGAGACAUCUACUCCAGAUGAAAUGACCACAUCAUUUCCCUCCAGUGUCACCAACACACUCAUAAUGACAGCAAAGACUAUAACAAUGACAACCUCCACAGACUCCACUCUUGGAAACACAGAAGAGACAUCAACACCAGGAACUGAAAGUUCUACCCCAGUGACCUCAGCAGUCUCAAUAACAGCUGAAUCGGAAGGACAGUCACAAACAACGUCCUCAAGGACUUCUAUCCAGGACACAUCAGCUUCUUCACAGAACCACCAGACACAGAGCACAGACACCACCAGAGAGUCUCAAACCAGCACCCUCACACAGAUGUCCACAUUACCUCUUCCAUCCUCCCCAAGUGUACACAAUAUGACAGCAACUGUUUCUCAGGACACAUCUCCUCUGGGUGAAACAACUGCCUCAUUCCUCUCCAGUAUCAUGGACACAUCCAUGAUGACAUCAAAGAUGAUAACAGUGACAACCUCCACAGACUCCACUCUUGGAAACAGAGUGGAGACAUCAACACUGCUUACUGGAAGUCAUAGGCCAGUCACCUCAGCUGCCUCAAUAACAGCUGAGCCAGAAGGACAAUCACCAGCAACUUCCUCAAUGACCUCUGCCCUGGACACAACAGGUUUUUCUCAGAACCACCAGACUCAGAGCAUGGAGACCACCAGAGAAUCUCAAACCAGCACCCUCACACAGAUGCCCACAUCCACUCUUUCUUACUCCCCAAGAGUACGUAACGUGACAUGGACUGUUUCUCAGGAGACAUCUCCUCCAGGUGAUACGACCACCUCAUCACCCUCCAGUGACACACCCGUGAUGACAUCCAAGGUUAUAAGAAUGACAACCUCCACAGACUCCAGCCUUGGAAACACAGGGGAGACAUCAACACCGCUUACUGGAAGUCUGACGCCAGUCACAUCAGCAGUCUCAAUAACAGCUGAGCCAGAAGGACAAUCAUCAGCAACUUCUUUGAGGACCUCUACUCAGGACACAUCAACUUUUUCUCAGAACCACCAGUCUCAGAGCACAGAGACCACAAGUGAAGCUGAAACCGGCACCCUCACACAGAAAUCCACAUCAACACUUUCCUCUUCCCCAAGUAUACUCAAUGUCACAGAGACUGUUUCUCAGGAGACAUCCCCUGCAGAUGAAAUGACCACCCCAUCUCCCUCCAGUGUCACCAACACACCCAUGAUGACAUCAAAGUGUCACCAACACACUCAUGACGACAUCAAAGACUAUAACAAUGACAACCUCCACAGACUCCACUGUUGGAAACACAGAAGAGACAUCAACACCAGGAACUGA